AUCUCACAGACAUACGCCAGCCCACACAGAGAGUGGCUGGAAACGACAGACUGAAACAAACCUAAAACAACAGGUGCGUUAUGUGACCUGUCCAAGAUGAUAUUAUUUUUAGUCAGUCUUUUCCUCGGGAACAUUCCUUCAUUUGCAUUUUCAGCAUCCCAGCCAAAAAUAAACUGCCUUAUCAUAAAUCUGGACUAUGUUAAUUGCACGUGGAGUGAGCAUGAGCACAGUUACAGUUUCAAGAGCAUGUUUACUCAUAGCCAAAUUCUGGAGUGUUCUAACUAUGUCCAGAUUAAAGGUGUUAACGUGGGCUGCAUUUUGCCCUUCAUCACAUCACAACGGUUUAAUACUUUAAACACAUGGCUGUACAGUGACAACGGCAGUUUGGUGACAGAGCAGCAACAUAACAUGAUUAAAUCUGUGAAGCUUAACCCUCCAUUCAAACUGUCUGUGGUGGAGAAAAAAGAUGCUGAACUGUGGCUGUACUGGAAUGUUACAAGGGACUGCACUGAGAGUGAAAUUCGUUACAGGACGGACAACAAUGCCUGGAAGAAUUCCAAAGCAGCCAAGAGGACCUCCUUCACUUUGCCUUUUCCAACAAAAAAGCGGUAUGAGUUCCAGGUCAGGGCUCGAAUAGAGAAUUCAUGCGGAGAGUCCAUGUUUUGGAGCGACUGGAGUGAGCCUGUCUACUGGGGAUCUUUAAAGGCCAACAAUAACACCGAGACUCCGAUUAGCAUGUCUGUGACGUCACUGGUGCUGUAUAUAGCAGGACCCACAAUAAUUCUCAUCACACUCUCUUGCUUGCUCGUCCAAAAUGAGAGGUUAAGAAUCAUUUUAAUACCAGUGGUGCCAAACGCAGGACGACAUGUCAGCAAUUACCUUACAGCCCUUUUUGACAAUUAUGAUGGCAAUGUUGAGAAAUGGCUGUCCAUGCCUAAAGAUCUGGAGAAUGGCUUCAAACCCAAUUUCACGGAGCGUGCCUGCCCUGUGCGCGAGUACAUUAUAGUGUCCCAGUCCAGCACUGACAGCGAAAGCAUCCUGUCAAACCCAACAGAUCUGUCAUCAUGUGAGGGCAUGCAUAGCUACUCAUCAACCUCCACCAUACCUGGAUCAGCCGAAACCCCACAAACCCAAGAUCUAUCGCAAGUGGAUAGUCCAGUCUAAAUCUUUAUCUUGAUCUGUGGCAAUCAAAUGUCUUUGAAAUUUAGAUUCGAAAUUACAAUCUUGAUUGAAAAGAAAAAUAUUUCCAUCUGAAGAAGGGGUUUUGCAUGUGUUACAUGAUGAAUCCCAGACUAAUCCAAUAUUGGCAUUUUGAAACCUUAUUAAUUAGUUCAAAACAAGAAAUGAUGAACAUUCAAUAGCUUUUUCUUUUUUAUGUGUAACCUGGGUAAUGUAGUGUUUGUAAUUGAAAUAGUGUUAUUUUUUUGUAUGCUUCACAUAGUUUGGAGUUGGUUUUUGUUAAUAGGUCAGGUGGAGUUGUAGCAUAGUAGUUGUGUUUUAAUGUUUAUUUUUUCCCCCAUAUUGUUUGCUCCUGUUCAGUUUAUCAAAAUGAUUUUCUUCACAGUGUUAUGUUAGUUGUUUUCCAUAGGAAUGUAGGUGAGAAUUCUUUAGGGUCGCUAGAAGGACUGCUUCUUUAAGAUUAGUGUUUUUGCAAGCAGCGACUGUUGUAUCAAAGUGAAAGAUGUGUCUGUGAUAACAUUUAUAUUUAGUACUAAGUAAUUUCUGGAAGCAGGUUUUUGUACUGGUGGGGAAAUCCCAUCACUUACAAACCUAUUAUAUGAUUAUUUAGCCAAGUGCCAUUUGUGAUUCUUAAUGUAGUUGCAUAUAUAUUUUUUUAGAUCAUUCAGUUUUGCUAGCCAUAUAUAUAUAUAUAUAUAUAUAUAUAUAUAUAUAUAUAUGUGUGUGUGUGUGUGUGUGUGUGUGUGUGUGUGUAUAAAUAUAUAUUUGUUUUACAUGUAUAGUAUCUUUAUCCUAACAUAUCAUAAAAGGCCAUACAAAGGCACCUGAAAUCUUAAAAUAAAACAAUAUUUGUAGAAUAUGUAUCCCGAUUAAUGGUCUAUUCUCUGUGUGUUUUGGGAUUUAUCUUUGCACUUUUGGUGUGUUGCUCAUCUGUAGUACUCUGAUAAAAUGUCACAAUUUUAAAACAACAUUCAACAUACUUUUGAGACUUUUAACAUUUAGAAUGUGAAUUUGCUAUUUAAUGUGUGAUGCUUAAUGUAAUGCUUUUACAAUCUCAGAAUAAAAACAUUCAAAUUCACAA